AACUAAAGUCUUCUGUUCUGAAUUCUGUAUAUCUGAGAGUUGGGCAGAUAGGUCCUCUGGGACUGUCAGCUGUGCGUAGGGAAAUGGAGUCACAUAAUACAAAUGUGCCUGCUGAGGGUCAUCCCUGUGUAUGAUUGUGAGAUAGAUAUCUUAAAGAAGUCCACUGAACAUCCUACACCUUGGCUGUCCGCCACCCCUUUCCCACAACAUGCCCAUUCUUAUUCCAGUUUACACUUUUUUUUUUUUUUUUUUUUUUUGAGAAAGAGAGAGGGCACAAGCAAGCAAGGGGCAGAGAGUGAGGGAGAAAGAGAAUCCCAUGAGGGGCAGAGGGAGAGAGAGAGAGAAUCCCACACCAGCUCUGCACUGUCAGUGUGGGGCCUGAAGCAGGGCUCAAGCUAACCUGAUGUGGGCCUCGAACUCACAAACCAUGAGAUCGUGACCUAAGCCAAAGUUGGAUGCUUAACUGACUGAGCCCCCCAGGCAUCCCCCUGUUUAUACACUCUAAAGCUGUCCCCAGUAAUGCUUUCUGACUCUCCCAAAUACAUUUAUGUUUCCAAGUCCAUUACCAAGCCUCUAGGUAAUGUCCACUCCUCUUCUGUUUUGGUCUUUAUCCAUUACAGGUGUGCUGUCAUGGGACUCAGUGGUAAAGUUGACUUCUCCCACAUAUCUUAUGUAUAAUGGAAGAACUUAAAAAGCUGCAAUAAUAGAUAAGUUGAUCAAAGAAGAAAAGAGGAAUAAGUUUCCAAGCCAGCACCAUACAUCGGUUGCCAGUCCAGAACAUAAAUCAUAACAAAAGGGCAUUGUAAAUGGAAUUGUAAGAUUAGGGACUCUCAUUCCAUCAUCCACUCAUUUAGUGGUGAAACGUGUUUCUUGGCUAUCCAGUCUGGCUACCCCAGAUUCUGUCCUCUGGCUGGAUUUCCCUUGUCCAAUGGGCUUUAAGACCAUAUCUGGGAAAAGGAACAUUUGGAAGACACCCCUGACAUCCCUGCAGAGGCUGUGACAUUAGUAAUCCCUUUCCAGAUGGAGAUGGGCCUAGAGACAGAGAUUCAUUCUGUUGGUUUGAGUUAGUCAGAGUUCAUAUGUUCCUGGCUUGUCAUUUUUCUGCAGCUUCAUUCUGUAGAACCUUUCUUGACUACCAGUUUAAUUUUGGGGGAAUUGUCAGAUCAGUCUCUGUGAGUCCUUAGGCCUGCUAGACACAAUAGAAGGACCAUGGGGAGCCCUGCCGAUCCUCAUUGUUCUUAGUGUCAGCUGCUGAUGGAGACCAAUGGACUUUUCCCUAAAAUGCCCAGCUCCCAUAAUACUCCUAUCCCUCACUGUCUGAACCUAUACAGUUCCUGAAUUCAGAAGGUGAGGACUAUCAGUUAUCCAAAUGUAUUUAUUUGGUCCAUGAGUUUUGGAUAAUGCAUAGCAAGCAUUCAGAUAGUGAGAGAUGCCUGUCUAUAUAAGAGCCUCUAGUGUGAUUUCCCCUCAACUCCAGAGUUACAUGCUUCCUCCAGUCUGGAAGAAUGAACAAGUUAGAAAAGCCAAGAUCUUAUAAGAAUAACUAUGAGGAGGACGUGUUUUACCAAGAAAAGGCCAUUAGGGGGAGCCUGCGUGUCCCACUUUGGGGGUUGUAGUGACAAAACUCUAGGUCAGAAGGCAAUGGUGUAGCUACCACCACCAUAUUCCCAGGUGCCAAAACCCUAGAAGCCUGCAGACUUGGGAAUGCAACUCAGAUGGACAGUCCCCAAAGGAAACAGAGGGGGCCAUGCUUAGUAUCCAAAGCCUGACAGCUCAGCCCUGCACAGUGCACCUGUCCAAAAGUCCAGCUUUGCACAAGGAAAGGGUAAUGCUGUGUGAAAAUGCCUAGCUCUUAUACAACAAGGAGCAUUGCAUGCCUAUCAAAUGUUAUCAUACUAUUUUAUUAGGGAUUUUUAUUCCAGAUUUUGUCACUAAUAAUUUGAUGCUUUUUUUUUUUUUUUUAGCCUGUGCUUUAUAAAUUUAAUAUCCAGUUUGUGUGUUCUUUUAAAAAGAAUAUAGUAUUUAACAAAGUAUAUUUGGGGCCUGAGGUGAAUAAAAUAUUGGGUUUUUUUUUCCUUAUUUUCCAUCUAGGAUGGUAUAUUAUGUUGUCAAAUAUUAAAAUGUAUUCUAAAACAUUGAAAAUUAUAAAGUGUGGUAUUGGCAGAGAAAGUGACAGAUCAAUGGAACAAAAUAGAAGUAUGUGAACAAACCCAAACAUAUGUAAUCAUUAAAUGUAUGAAAAGGAGAUUUAAAUCACUGGCUAACCACUAUGAAAAUAAGUUAGAGCCCCAUCUCGUACUUUAUAAUACAAUAAAUUUCACAUUAAUAUUUUAAUAUAAAAAUAAAAUUUUAGAAGAAAAUAGGGCUAUGGAGGUGUUUUCUAAGUCAUAUCUCCUUUUUAUCAAAUAAAACGUUUAAACAUUCUGUAUGUCCAUUUUAUAAACAAAAAAGACCACACAUACGACUAACAAGAAUGCAUAACAGGCUCAUAAAUCAAUAAGAAAAUAGUGAAUAACCCAACAGAAAAUGUCCUGAGGACAUCAGUGCCAGAGAAGAAAUGCACAUAUUGCCUUAUGAUAUGUUAAAUCCAUAAUUAUAGAUUAUAUUCUUCUCUCUAUGCUUUGUAUCCUUUCUUUUGACAUAGUCAUCUACUCUUUUGUCCUAGUUGUAUCUUUAUAGUAUGGUUUUCGAUGGGAUAGCCAGAUACCCUUGUAUUUUCUUUUCAAGGUUUCCUUCACCAUCCAUGCCCUUUUAUUCUUCCAAAUAAACUUUUUUUCCCCCAAGUUCUUUAACCUUCUUGGAAUUUAAGUUGAAAUGACAUUAAACCUACAAUUUGAGAAAGAAUUGACAGGAUUAUAAUGUCCCGUCUUCCUACUCUGGAGCACAGUAUUUCUCUCCAUGUAUCGAGAUCAAGCUUAAAACUUUUCCCCCCCAUAAUGUGAAUUAUUUUAGACCAAGAAAAACAUACACAUUGUCUCUCCAUUUGGCAACUUUGUAAUACCCUUCCCCCCCCCCAUGUUGUGUUUUUGUUUUUGUAUUGAAAUUUAGUUGAUUAAAACAACGCUUUCAUCAUGUCAUUCCCCUGCUUAAAAAUCCUUCCUGGCAGUCUUCUACAUCUGUUUCUCAAAUUCUUUUCCAGCUUCCUCUGCACAGACUCCCUCCCCCUUCAGGAUCCUGGUUUUCUGGCCCCUGGUCAAACCUCUUGACCUUUUCCCACAUCGCUACAUAGUCUCCAGUGUCCCUCCCACCGCCUCCCCCCUUUCUGUCUGUCUCCAGGUUGUACCAGCUCAAGGCCCAUGUCCUUGACAACACCCCAUCCCCCAUCCCACAGGGGAGCACCGUACUCCCCUGGAUCCAUAGCAUGUAUUGUAUUUUCCACUCAGCAAUCAUAUUCCUUUGUGGCAUUUAUCCUGUUAUUUUAUUUUCCUUAUUAGCAUUUCAUCUCCUUAUUUUGUUAGCUUCUUUCAGGCAACAGUUCUGUCUCCUGUUUCUUUGUGUCCUCUGCUAUGCAGUUCUCCACAGUAGCCACUCACUACACAUGGCUAUGAGCACUUAAAAUGUGGCUUAUUUAGUUAAGACACACUCAGCACAAAGUACACCAAGCUUCAAAACUCAGUACUAAAGAAUGAAUUAAUUAUCUCAAUUAAAGGUUGAAAGGAUAAUAUUUUGCAUACAUUUAGUUGAAUAGAGCCUGUUAUUAAUUAACCCAUUAUUUAAUGGGUAAAAUUAAUUUCACCCAUUUCUUGAUGCUUUUUUUUACAAUGCUCCUAGAAAUUUUUUAGCUGUAGGUCACAUUUGUGGCUCACGUUAUGUUUCUGUUAGCACCCAUCUAGAGUGCCCAGCAAAAUGACUCUCCUACCAAAGGUGCUCCCAAAUUGGUGGUGGUUUGAAAUGAAUGAAAAUGAGGUUUUCUCUCAGUCUCAACCCCUUUUUCUUGAUUGGUGGGGAGCAGAGGGACUACAUAUUUUUAUCCUCAGUAGUUAGGACCCAAAUCCAGGAAACAGAAAUUAAAGAAGAAACUCAUCUGAGGGGCACCUGGGUGGCUCAGUCAGUUAAGCUUCUGACUCUUGAGUUCAGCUCAGGUUGUCAUCUCAUGGUUCAUGGGAUUGAGCCCUGCAUUGGCUCCACAUUGACAGCGUUGAACCUGCUUGGGAUUCUAUCUCUCUCUCUGUCUGCCCCUUCCCCACUCACUUUCUGUGUUCGUUCGCUCUCUCUCUUUCUCUCUCUCUCUCAAAAUAAAUAAAUAAACAUGGGGUGGGGGGGGGAAGAUUGUGAGAUAAAUGCUGCUCCAAAGCACAGUCUUCUAAGGGCACCUGGGUGGCUUAGUCAGUUGAGCAUCUGACUCUAGAUUUUGGCUCAGGUCAUGAUCUCAUAGUUGUGAGAUAGAGCUCUGCAUUGGGUGUGGAGCCUGCUUGAGAUUCUCUCUCAUUCUGCCUCCCACUUGCACUCUCUCAAUCUAAAAUAAAAAUAAAUAGAUAAAUAACCUUUUUUAAAAAAAAGUGCUGUCCUAUGAUUUUGUGAAAUGCAAGAUCUAAUUUCAGAGAUUUUGUUUUGUUUUGAAUAACAAAAACAACUUUUAGGAACAACUUAUAGGAACCCCUUAAGUGGUUAACCUCAUCUAAAUUUAUUUUGUUUUUAAUUUUAACAUUUAUUUAUUAUUGAGAGACAGAGACAGAGCAUGAGCAGGGGAGGGGCAGAGGGAGAAGACACAGAAUCUGAAGCAAGCUCCAGGCUCUGAGCUGUCAGCACAGAGCCUGACACAGGGCUUGAACUCACAAACCGCAUGAUCAUGACCUGAGCUGAAGUUGGAGGCUUAACCGACUGAACCACCCAGGCGCCUCAACCUCAUCUAAAUUUAAAACUGUCAUCAUUAAAUGGUAAAGUAAGUCCUUGUUUCAAAACUAAAAGUUGAAAGAUUAAAAACACAAGUGUGUUCUAAUACAGAAAACCAAAUCAAAAAGAGGAUGAGCAUUGGAAAUGGCAAAAAAAAAAAAAAAAUUGUUAAAUGGAUGCUUGUGGCCAAAUGAAUAGCAAACAAAUGGGAAGGUUACCUCUCAGGGACAUGCCAGUGGGGUUUUGAGAACAGAUGGCUUCUUUCUCUCUCUGUUUAUUCUUCCCUUUUCUUCCUAGCUCUCCUUCUCUUAGUUCCUGUCCUUUCUUCCAUUCCUUUCUUUAAAAAAAAAAAAAUCAAUUUUCUACCUUUAUGUAGCUUUCUCUCCUAAGUUAUUAUAAUGCUAGAUUUAAGUGCAUUUAAAUUAUAGCACAUUGCUCAUUUACAUCUUUAAUUCACUCAAAAUUUAUUUUUGAGUAUAGUCUGACACAGGAUCUAAAACUUUUGUUUACAGGCAGUUGAGCAGAGCACUGUUUCUUGAAUAUAUCAUUGUGUUCUUGUUGAUUUGUAAUGAUAAUAGUAAUAAUUAUUGAGAGCUUAGUAUUGGCAAGGCAGUGUUUUGAGAGCUUUGUAUUUAAAUUCCUAGUUGUGGGGCGCCUGGGUGGCUCAGUCGGUUGAGCGUCCGACUUCAGCUCAGGUCACGAUCUCACGGUUCAUGAGUUCGAGCCCCGCGUCGGGCUCUGGGCUGAUGGCUCAGAGCCUGGAGCCUGCUUCCGAUUCUGUGUCUCUCUCUCUCUCUGCCCCUCCCCCAUUCAUGCUCUGUCUCUCUCUGUCUCAAAAAUAAAUAAACAUUAAAAAAAAAUUAAAAAAAAAAUAAAUUCCUAGUUGUGUUUCUUUCCUUUUUUUUUUUUUUUUUUUUAAGUUUGUUUGUUUUUUUAAGUAAUCUCUGCACCCAACCUGAGUUUCAAACAACCCUGGGAUCAAGAAUUGCAUGGUCUUCUGACUGAGCCAUCCAGGCACCCUCUGGUUGUUUCUUGAACAAAGUUUUCCACGUGUUUAGACAUUUUAAAUGAACAUUAACUAUUGUCCCUCCAUUCAUUAAGCCGUUUAAAAAAAAUACAAAAUAACUUGCUUUUCCACUUGGGUCCCGAUUUUUUUUCUCUCUCUAGUAGUUGAGGACCUCUCAUAAAAACAAGUGCCCUGCCUUCUACUUUUAAGACUGGUGGAAGAGUUAUGGAGACCAAGAAAUUCUACCUUUCCAUUUCUCAUCAAGGAUGUUACUUAUAGGUGUCUUUCAGGUUGCAGAAAAGAUGGAAAAAAGGACAUGUGCACUCUGCCCCAAAGACUCCGAGUAUAGUGUCCUAUACAUUGCAAAAAAAGAGACUAUAGCUGCUCAUGAAAAUUGUUUGCUGUAUUCUUCAGCACUUGUGGAAUGUGAGGACCAUGAUCCAAGUAAUGACGACAGAAGUUUUGAUGUGGAGUCAGUAAAGAAAGAAAUCCAUAGAGGAAGGAGGUUGGCGUGCGCAUUCUGUAAUAAAAGAGGAGCCACCGUGGGAUGUGAUAUAAAAGCCUGUCUCAAGAGUUACCACUUUUUCUGUGCCAAGAAUGCCCACGCAGUUCUACAAACCGAUAGAUCUCGAGGAAUUUAUAAAGUGUUCUGCCAACAACAUGCUGCACUGAAAGACACUCAUGAUGGAAAGUCUCUGUCUGGUAUUUCCCCUUCUCACUACAAGCAGAAGACCAACCGAGGAUAUGUUUCAACUGAUUUUUCAGGACUGAAAAGAAAAAGAGGAAGAAAGAAACGCCUCUCAACAGGCGUUCCUGUACAGCCAUCUGAAACAAUGACACUCAAUAGAUUCAUACAAGAAAUGAAGGAAGAGGACAGCAGACACACAGAUGCAAUUAGAUCAAGUGUGAAAACUGAUUUUCUUAAGAAAUGUAAGAAAGUGGGGCUUCUUGAUGAUUUAUUUGAAGAAAUAUUAGACAAACUUCAUUUGAUUCAAGAAAGACUCAUGGAUGAGACUGCUUCCGAAUCAGACUAUGAAGAAAUUGGGACUUCACUUUUUGACAGUAGAUUGUUUGAAGACACAUUUGUAAAUUUUCAAACAGCAAUAGAGAAUAAAAUUGAUCAAUGUGAAGAAAGGCAGAAGCAACUGAAGGAAGAGAUUGAAGGACUUCAGGACUUAAAAAAAACCUUGCGGUCUCUUCAAGAAGAUAGAGAACUUAGGUCAAGUUCUACUUCAGUAUCUUCCGGGUCUUCUAAGGAUUACUAUUUCCUGGGCCAGGAAUGAGGCUCAGCUGCAAGCAGGCUGCGAACGGAAGAUCUAACCUGUGGAAGCCACACAUCUUUAGACCCACGCCUCUCAGGUCUCUCUGGUCCUCAAACUUCAAUCCUCAUCAACUCUUACCUGUUCCUACAUUUCAUGCCUGACUGGGUAUUUACUGCCUCCCUCUUAUCAUCUCACUUCUGUUCUCCAACAAAAUGUUUCUCAGAUUCUACUUGAGUAAAUUAGAUUAUACCUCCCAUCUUUCCCACCCUCUGCCCUGAAAGUCCGAUGGUGGCUUCAUGCUGGUGCAUUGCCUCCCAUGCUUCCCCCACUCCAGUGAUCUAAGUUGACUUCAAUAACAUACAAGAUGCUCCUGGAAGUAAAGGCUCCCCCCAGGGCCUUUGCUUGUCCUGCUGUGAAGCCUUAACUAUUAACUACUCUGUUUCCUUUCUCUGCCUGUUCUGCCUGCAGAUCUCAUUACACCAGUUCUACCCCUUCUUCCCUCUGAGAUCACUUCCCAAGGUAACCCAUUGUAUCUUACAUCCCACCAUUAGGGUAUAAAUUCUGAGGGCAAAAUCUCACUAUUCCUGUGAUUUGCUCUCAACACAUUCCCAGCACCUAUGAUGCUCAAUAAAUGCAUAAACUGUUAUUAUCCUUUGAGACUAGUUCCAGCUCAUAAUGACUCAGAUAAAGUAAAUUUGAAUAUUUUACUCCACUUAUACCAAAUUUACCUGUCAUCACAAAGUCUGCUUUUUAUUUUUGGGUUUUUUAAGUUUGUUUAUUUGAGAGAGUGCGCGUGCAAGGGAGGGGCAGAGAAAGAAUGAGACAGAAUCUCUAGCAAGCUCCACGCUGUCAGCACAGAGCCAGAAGUGGAGCUCACACUCACGAACCGUGAGAUCAUGACCUGAGCCAAAAUCAAGAAUCAGACGCUUCACUGACAGUCACACAGGUGACCCGACAAAGUCUGCUUUUUAAAUUUCUUUUUGGCUGCAGUCACUACAUGGGGGUAUAUCAUCUUUAAAAUAAGUAUUUCAAUUUAAAAUGACCACAAAAGAACAUCAGCGGGAAUACACAAGAAUGAAAAACAAUCACUAAGACUUUUCUCUGACAAAACAAUUUGGAUUGUUAUGCACCAAAUCUGAUCCCUGAAAACCUGACAUUCAUAUUUCUUUUUACCACACUACUCUGAUACACAAUAAUGCCACAUUGCAAAAUGAGUUUGAUCCAAGUCCCCAGCAUGGUGUCUCACACGUUUUAAGUACUCAAAAAAUAUCCACUGAAUGAAGAAUAGGAUAUAGGUGAAAAGUACAUGUCCAUUCCUGUUUUAAGGGCAACCCUAGCUGAAUUCAUAAUUACCUGAGUGACAUGUCAAAAUCUAAAUCUAGUGGCUUUUAAAUUCAGCUGCACAUCAGAAUCACCCAAGCAUUUAAGAAACUACAGGAGGGAGUCAAGGAAGAUAGCAGAUUAGGAAAGAUCCUGAGCUCACCUCCCAGGGACACACCAAGGCAACAAGCAUAUGUACCACAACUCUCUGUGAAAACAACCUGAAGACUGGCAGAACAGGUCUUCCACCGAUAGACCUAAAGGGUAGGAGGAGGGGUGCUUGCCUGGCUCAGUCAGUUAAGUGUCUGACUCUUGAUUUGCGCUCAGGUCAAGAUCUCACAGUUCCUAAGUUCAAGCCCCGUGUCGGGCUCCACAUUGACAGUAUGGAGCCUGCUUGGGAUUCUCACUCUCCUCUCUCUGUCCCUCCCCUGCUCGCAUACACACACACACUCUCAGAAUAAAUCAAUAAGAAUUAAAGAAAAAAGGGGAAGAGGGGGAGAGACACAGUCAGUAGCCACACCCCUGGUAUGACUACCCACUAAAUAGUAGAGACAUCUUAGGCACAAAGGAGCAGGGGUCCCAGGCCCUAAAUUGGGCACCCCCCACCCUGGGGAUCCACACUGUAAAGGCAGGUUCCUCUUUGAAAAUCAGCAGGGCUGAAUUCUGGGAGCUUUUAAAAACCAAUGGGGCUUAACUUGGGGAGAGCCAGAGAGCUAUACGAAAUGGAGUCUCUGCCCUUAAAUGGCCAGCACACUGAAUGACGACCUAAGACACUGCACAAUUCAGUGGUCUGGAAAAUGCCUGGGAUACAGCUAACGAUUUAGUGACUGACUUUAGGAUAUGUGCCAGAGGGGCAGGGAUCUGCAGAAUUCGUUUGUUCUCCAGGAACAGAAGUGUUUGCUGGUGUUUUCCUUGCCUUCCCCAGCCCUAGACAGCCAGAGGCUUUCAGGAGUCAGUUCUGACACUCUCCGUCUACCUUGCCAUCACCAUGUACCCUGCCCCUACGUUCUCCUGAGGAACCUAUCCAUCCAACCCAUCUGCCCCACACACACCUGCACUGCCACAUCCAGCAGUGUGUUGUUCACUUACAUAACUAGUAAAAAUUGGCCAAGGGGUACACAAAAUAAAAACAUGUGAAAUAGGACAUCAUGUACAUAAAACACGGAAGAGGCAGUAAAAAUUUAGCGCCGUUGUGUGUCUGAACUGACCAUCAACUCAGUAUAGACUGCUAAACACAUGGGAUGUUACAUGAGAACCCCCUGGGGUAACCACAAAUCAAAAACCUAUAAUAAAUACACAAAAAAUAGAUUGGAAUCCAAGCAUGACACUAAAGAAAGUCAUCAAACCACAUGGGAAAAGAGCAAGAGAAGAAGAAAGAAACAGAACUACAAAAACAACUAGAGAACAAUUAACAAAAUGCCAAGGAGUACAUACCCACCAAUAAUUAAAUGUAAAUAGACUAAAUGCUCCAAUCAAAAGAGUGAAUGAAUGGAUAAAAAAAAAAAACAAAAAAACAAAAAACAAGACCCAUCUAUAUGCUGCCUACAAGAGACUCACUUCAGACCUAAAGACACAUACAGACUGAAGGUGAAGGGAUGAAAAAAUAUUUAUCUUGCAAAUGAAAGUAAAAAGGCUGGGGUAGCAAUACUCAUAUAAGCAGGGAAGGGACCGAGACAGAGGGAGAGAGAGAAUCCCAAGCAAGCUCCACACUCAGUAUGGAGCCCAGUGCGGGGAUCAAUCUCACAACAGUGACAUCAUGAUGUGAGCCAAAAUCAAGAGCUGGAUCCUUAAGUGACAGCCACCCAAGUGCUCCACCAAGCCACCUCAGAUAAAAUAGACUUUAAAGCAAAGACUGUCACAAGAGACAAAAAGGUCAUUACAUAAGGAUAAAGGGAUCACUCUCGUAAGAGGAUAUAACAAUUUUAAGUAUUUAUAUACCUAACAUAAAAACACCUGAAUAUAUAAAGCAAAUACUAACAGACAUAAAGGAAAAAGUUGACUGCAAUACAUAACUGUAGGGGACUUUAACACCCCACCUAGACCAAUGGAUACCUUGCUCACUGAGACAGAAAAUCAGUAAGGAAACAGUGGCUCUGAAUGAUACAUGAGACCAGAUGGACUUAACAGACAUAUACAUAACAUUCCAUUUAAAACUGCAGAAUACAUAUUCCAGUGCACAUGGAACAUUUUCCAGGACAGAGCACAUGACAGGUCACAAAAAAGCUUUCAUAAAUUUAAUAAGACUGAAAUCAUAUCAAGUGAAGUUAUCAAGUGAAAUUAUACCAAGGAUGUAUCACAAAUUAUAUCCAACCAUACGAGACUAGAAAUCAAUUACAAGACAAGUGGAAGAAACACAAACAUGUGGCAGCUAAAUAACAUGUUACUAAACAAGGUAUCAACAAAAAAAAUCAAAGAGAAAAUAUACCUGGAGGCAAAUGAAAAUGGAAACAUGGCAAUCCAAAAUCUUUGGGACACAGAAAAAGCAGUUCUAAGAGGGAAGUUUAUAGCAAUAUAGGUCUACCUCAAGAAACAAGGAAAAUCAACAAUUUAACUUUACACAUAAUGGAACUAGAAAAAGGAGAACAAAGCCAAAACUUAGCAGAAGGAAGAAAAUAAUAAAGAUCAGAGAAGAAAUAAAUGAAAUAGAGACAAAAAAAAAAAAAAAAAAGAAAAGUUCAAUGAGACUAAGAGCUGGUUCUUUGAAAAGACAAACCAAACUGAUAAACUUUUAGCCAGACUCAUCAAGAAAAAAAGAAGACUCAACACACCUGUCAGAAUGGCUCACAUUAACAACUCAAGUAACAACAGAUAUUGGCGAGGAUGUGGAGAAAGAGGACCUCUUUUGCAUCAUUGGUGGGAACACAAGCUGGUGCAGCCACUCUGGAAAACAGUAUGGAGGUUCCUCAAAAAAUUAAAAAUAGAACUACCCUAUUACCCAGCAACUGCACUACUAGGUAUUUAUCCAAGGGAUACAGCUAUGCUGUUUCGAAGGGGAUACAGGCACCCCAAUGUUUAUAGCAGCAUUGUUGACAAUAGCCAAAAUACAGAAAGAGCCCAAAUGUCCAUCAAUGGAUGAAUGGAUAAAGAAGAUGUGGUGUAUAUAUACAGUGGAGUAUUACUUGGCCAUCAAAAAGAAUGAAAUCUUGCCAUUUGCAAUUAUGUAGAUGGAACUAGAGGUAUUAUGCUAAGCGAAGUAAGUCAGAGUAAGACAAAGUAUGACUACACUUAUAUAAACAAUCUAAAAAACAAUGAACAAACAACAGAAAAGAGAAACAAACUCAUUAAUAUAGGAUGACUGCCAGAGAGGAGGGGGACAGGGAGACAGGCAAAAUAGGUGACAAGGAUUAAGAGG